AUGUACCUCUCGGCCUUCUCAACAUCGUCGCACAGCGGGGAGCCUGAGGCCGGGAAGGACAGCUCGACCAUCGUGGCCGUCGACCGGGACAAGAACAGCCAGCAAGCGGCGAAAUGGGCGGUGGAUCGGCUCCUGGCAAGGGGCAGCACCCUCCAGUUGGUCCAUGUCAGGACCAAUCAAAGUAGUCAGAACGCUGAAGCAGGCCGUGGAGUUGAUGCGGAUGCAGAAAUGUCGCAAUUGUUUAUCUCAUACAGAGGCUACUGUGCUCGUAAAGGGAUGCAUCUGAAUGAGGUGAUCUUGGACAACAAUGAUAUCUCCAAAGCAAUUGUUGACUAUGCCACUAGUCAUACCAUCACAGAUAUAGUUGUCGGGGCAUCAACUAGAAACACAUUCAUCAGAAGAUUUAGAAAUCCUGACGUGCCAACAUGCUUGAUGAAGAUGGCGCCUGAUUAUUGCACAGUACAUGUAAUACACAAAGGGAAGGCCAUCCAAGUGAAGGCAGCCAAAGGUCCGGCACCCUUUACUACUCUCCCUCCGAAGCAAAACUCGCAACCAAACAUAGAAUCUGACCCAUUUGCAAGAUCGUCAAGAGAUUGGAGGAAGUUUUCUCAGCCAUCGUCACCAAAGUCCAAUAGAUCAUCAGUGGACCGAAAUAGACCAUCGGUGGAGCGAAAUAGACCAUCGGUCGAACGACUAUCAGCCUAUUCAAAGGCCCCAACGAAAGAUAGGCAUCUCCUCUCGGGAAGGCAAGCACCCCAGAGAGACUUCGAUGACUACAUCGACUUCAUCGCACCACCAAGGCCCUCCGUGACUCGCAGCUCCUUUUCAGAUGACAUUGAUUUUCCCAUGAGCAUGGAGUUAAAUUCCAUGGACUAUGGUGAAUCUCUGGAACUAUCAUCAUAUGUAUCCAUUGAAAGCCUAAGUUCAGCCGGGAAGGACGUAGAAGCUGAGAUGAGACGACUGAGACUAGAGCUCAAACAGACAAUGGAAAUGUACAACUCCGCAUGUAAAGAAGCAGUUGACGCUAAACAGAAGGCGGCUCAGCUGUCGCAAAUGAAGGUAGAAGAGUCCAAAAAGUACGAAGAACUAAGGAAUUCAGAAGAAGAAGCUCUUGCACUUGUUGAAAUGGAGAAGGCAAAGUGCAGAGCCGCGCUGGAGGCAGCAGAAGCUGCACAAAAAAUUGCAGAGCUCGAGGCGCAGAAGAGAUUGAGAGCAGAAUGGAAGGCAAAGCGUGAAACGGACGAGAGAAGGAGAGCAACAGACACGGAUCUCCGGUACAGGAGGUACUCCAUUGAUGAUAUAGAAGCUGCCACUCAUAAGUUUGACAGGGCACUGAAGAUAGGCGAAGGUGGAUAUGGACCAGUGUAUAAAGCCGUUCUGGAUCAUACCAAUGUUGCUAUUAAGAUCCUAAGACCAGACGCAUCACAGGGGAGGCAACAAUUUCAGCAAGAGAUCGAAAUACUAAGCAGCAUGCGGCAUCCAAACAUGGUCCUGUUGCUCGGAGCUUGCCCAGAGUAUGGCUGCCUAGUGUACGAGUACAUGGACUACGGAAGCCUAGAGGACCGGCUAUGCCGACGAGGCAACACCAAACCAAUCCCAUGGAACAUCCGGUUCAGGAUCGCUGCCGACAUCGCUACUGGCCUUCUCUUCCUUCACCAGGCGAAGCCCGAACCACUUGUCCACAGAGACCUCAAGCCUGGCAACAUCCUCCUCGACCACAAUUUCGUCAGCAAGAUCAGUGAUGUCGGCCUUGCGAGGCUGGUGCCACAGUCCAUAGCUGAAGUCACACAAUACAGGAUGACAUCCACAGCCGGCACAUUCUGCUAUAUUGACCCUGAGUACCAGCAGACAGGCAUGCUCACCACAAAGUCUGACAUAUACUCUUUCGGUAUCCUACUGCUCCAGAUCAUCACGGCCAGGUCCCCCAUGGGCCUCACGCACCAAGUCGAGGAUGCCAUAGAGAGAGGAGCCUUCCAAGAGGUACUUGACCAGACGGUAACGGACUGGCCAGUGGAAGAGGCUCUGGCAUUCGCGCAGUUGGCUUUGAAAUGUGCUGAGCUACGAAAGAAGGACAGGCCAGAUCUCGGGAAAGAAAUAAUGCCUGAGUUGAAUAGGCUGCGGAAUCUUGGGCAAGAGUAUGAAGCUUCCCAUGUCAGCAGCACGAGCACAACCUACUCGAGCUGCGCACCAUACAGUUUCAACAAUGAUGAUGAUGUAUCGAUACCAUAA